CCCACAGACAUGGACUUUGAGCUCGACAUGGCGUUCAUCAACGAGAAGAUCUCGUCGUCUUUCUUCCGGGCCGAGGUCCGCAACGGCGAAAGACGACAUCUUAUAUUCGCCACAGACCAGCAACUUCAACUGUUGAAGAAAGCAAAGACAUGGUACAUUGACGGGACGUUUAAGGUGGUCCGACAACGCUUUUACCAGUUGCUUUCCAUUCAUUCUUUCGUAAGGUCCGGUGACGACAUGAAGCAGCUUCCGUUACUGUUUGCGGUGAUGGCCGGAAAAACCAGUGAAGACUACACACAGGUUUUCAAAGGCGUCAUGGACAUCCUCCAUAACGAAACUCGAGUGAAAGAAUUCAUGGUCGAUUUUGAAGCCGGGAUGUGGCAGGGCCUCCGGGAAGUUUUCGUCGACCCAACAAUUAAAGGAUGUGCCUUUCACUGGAACCAGGCCGUAUGGCGGCACGUGCAAAGCCUCGGUCUCCAGAGCGCCUACAGUCAACGCGACACUGUAUUCACCUUUGUUCGCAAGGUCAUGUCUAUACCGUUCCUGCCAGCGGAACAUGUGGAACCAGCGAUUAUGAGACUGAAAGAAAAAACAACAGACGAACGCCUGGCCGACCUGCUAGAGUAUGUGGACAGGACAUGGCUUAAAUCUUCGGUGUGGGGACCUGAAAAUUGGAGCGUGUUUGGUCGGAGUGUCCGAACAAAUAAUGACUGUGAAGGGUGGCACUUGAAACUAAAUCAGCACGCCAAGAAAGCCAAUUUGCCUUUCUACCUACUACUGACCCUUCUUUGUGAAGAGGCUUCCCUUCUCCCAACACAGGUGAAGAUGGUAUCAGAAGAAAAGCUAUCCAGGCGACAACGAAGAAUCCGUACGAAAUAA